CGUGUGAGCAGCGAUAGGAUAAUCUUACACCUGGGUACAGCACUGGUCAAUAGAUGUUAUCAGCCACUGUGGAACUGUUGUCACGGAUGGAUUGCCAAGGUUGAGGUCGUACGAGCACUCACAUUUCGUGGGGUUACAGCAUGGUGGGUUUAAAUCCUCUUGUGCUUGACUGGAGUAUUUACUGUGAGCGACUGGGAUGUGAAUGGCUGUAAAUGCCGGCUAAGCUGGGACAAUUGGAUUGCAGCCAUGUUCAAUACGCGGAGUUGUUUUGACCCCUGUGAUAAGGGUGUGUGGGUAAUCAUGCUGUUUGGAUAUCAGUGGGCAGUAUAAAACUCUGAGGUUAAGUGACUCUUGUUGUGGUCAUGGAGGAGGCAGACGGACAACGCGACCCAGAGUCCCCUUCCCGUGUGGAUGUUGAGGGGGCACCUGCAGACACUGGGUUUCAACAAUCGGCAGUGUCUGAAACACCAAUCAGCCAAUCAUCGGAGGGAUCUCUGGACACUGAUGAUACCAGUCUUGAAAUUGCAUUGGCUGAUGACCAGACUAGCGAGCCAAUCAGGGAUGGAGGUGAAAUUCGAACCCCAGACCAGCUGAUCGUCCACUCACCUCCCCCUCCUGAAAUUCUUGUGUCAUUGCCAGAAGAUGAAGAUGAAGAUGGUCAGGAGGAGGAUGAAGAUGAAGGUCAAGGUCAGGAAGAGGAUGAAGGUCAAGGUCAGGAGGAGGAGGAAGGUCAAGCAUUAGAUGUCCAAGAUUUACAAAGAGAAGGUGAAAAUGACAACCGUGAUGAUGAUGAUGACAAUGAUGAUGAUGAUAAGAAUUUAACAGUUGUUGAGGACAUUGUUGCAGCAGCUGAAGAUAAAACUCAGCAUCCCAGGGGGAGUUCUCAUGAAUCAGAGAUUAACGAGUUUGACGAGAACGAUGAAAAUAUUGGCAGCGUCAGUGAUGAAGAACAAAAUAUUGCAGACGACUCCCUCACUAGUUUCGAAGACAACCAAUCCAGCAGCACCAACUACAUGGGCAUGUCUCCCCGAAGUAUUCCGAGUCUCUCAAAGCAAAUUGUGUCUAGCAUGUUGUAUGGCGACACUGACGACCUUCUUCAAAAUUUCAAAGAUGACGGACAGUCAUCUGUCGUCAGUGAUAUUUUCACGGAUGUCAGUGUCAACAAGACACAGACUGGUCCAGCCCACAACAGCAGAGUAACCUCAAGUUCCUUGCCCUCCUCCAAGCAAAUGUCACAACCAAGCAGUUUGAACAGUCAUGGCUCAAAGACUAUCGGAAGCCAAGCCUUCUUGAAUGGCCAAUCAGAUAAGGGCUUGUAUGUAACAAAGACUCCAGUUGGCUACUAUCUAGAUGAAGAAGAGGCUGAGAAAUUAGAAGAUUCAGUUCUCCGUGACAGCAAGGACUACACACUGAGGGGUGACGACGGGAGCUCGUCAAGAAAGGUCCCAGCUCGUAUCCGAGAAAUAAUCACCCGAAACUUGGCAACAGACAGUCUAGCUUACACAAACGUCACCAUGUCGACAUCGACCCCUCAGCAGUUGCAGGAGGAGAACCAACUCCUUUCGAGCGAGCUGAACCGUUUGGAAGAUCACCUAUCUGCAAGUCGGGCGGAGAGAGAUGAGCUUGGCAUCAAAUACAACGCUCUCAGUGAACGGACGCGGACAUUGUUUGUCCGAAACGGAGCCCUAGAUUAUCUGGAGCAGUCCCUGAAGGGAGAUGGCCCCGAUGAUGAAUCCCCUUCCAAGGGGCUGGUGCAACAGAACAUCGACCUGCGUCGGAAGCUGGAGGAAGAACACGGCAACUAUAAGAGGAAACUCCAGGCGUACCAAGAUGGCCAACAGCGCCAAGCUCAACUCGUGCAGAAACUACAAGCGAAGCUUCUUCAAUACAAGAAGAAAUGUCAAGAACUGGAGGAUUCAGUUCGAGGAAGCCAAUAUGAUUUUCAAAGAACGUCCAUUAAGCUUUCGACCCUGGACAGCGCGGAGACAAGACUGAAGUAUUCAGAGGCGGAUCAUGUCAUGGAUCUGGAAACAGCCCUCAUCAAGUUGGAGGAAGAGCAGCAGAGGAGCUCCAGUUUGGCCCACGUGAAUGGUAUGCUCCGAGAACAGCUCGACCAAGCUACCUCGGCCAAUCAUCAGCUUACGUCGGACAUCCACAAACUCACCACCGACUGGCAGCGGGCUCGGGAAGAACUGGAGGUGAAGGAAACAGAGUGGAGGGAGGAAGAACAUACCUUCAACGAGUACUUCAGUGCUGAGCACAGCCGACUUCUGUCACUGUGGCGUGCUGUUGUAGCUUUCCGGCGCCAGUUCAGCGAGAUGAAGACUGCAACAGAAAGAGACCUGGCUCAUGUGCGCACAGACGUUACCAAGGCAGCUCGCAGCAUGCAUUCAGCCUGCCUAAACCUCGGUGCCAACAUGCGCAGUUCUGACACACAAACUCAGGUCUUGGUGGACAGAGAACGCAGUGAGAAGAUGACCAUCGAAAACCAGCUUCGUGAGGAAAUCCGCAAGGUGACGGAGAUCCAGACAAGGUUUGAUACCCACAACUCCGACCUGUCUUCUCGAGUACAGGAACUGACCAUGAUGAACGAGCGUCUGAAGAUCCAGCUGGAUGAGAAGGACAAGACCGUCAACACACUGCAGAGGACCAUCAACCAGCUGGAGGGCAACGUUAGCGAGGUCUACGAGAGGGAGGUACCCGAGACCGAUACCGCUCGACAGAUUCGUGAAGAAACCGAAGCGCUCCAUUACGCACUCCGCAACAUCGCCGAAGCUGUCAUCAACGAUGCUGACAGAACGGUAGAGGACAACAUAGAUGGGGUCACUUUACCCGAACCAUUAGUCCGAUCUUCAUCACCACUCAGGGCAAGGUCGAUCUCUCCAAGGUCAAGGUCACCUGGCAUGAAGAGUCGAUCCCCAACUCGUUCACCUUCCCCACGAGGGCGAUCCCGCUCUCCCGCUUUCGCUGACGCCACCUUCUCAGCCGUCCAGGCUGCUCUCAACAAACGGCAACUCCAGGUAUCGGAUCUCCGCGCCAAGCUGGGAGCCAGCCGGGAUCACACCACGACACUGAGGAAGUCCCUGGAUGAUGGGCAGAAUGAGAAGAGGCGUCUUGAACUGCAGAUCCUCAACCUCAAGGAAGACCUCGAUAACGCUCACAGAGAUAAGGAAGACUCCUUCCGGGACCGAGACCGCAUCAAGAACGCACUGAACGUGACAGGAAGUGAGAAGUCACAGCUAGAGAAGGUGCGACAGGAUCUCAACGAGAACAUCGAGGGACUUCAUCGAGAGAUGGAGAAACUGCAGGCCGCUAACUCUGACCUCCAGAGACAGCGGGACAACCUUGAGGACGACAAAGAGGACAUCCUCAAGGACAGAGAGAGGGGACAGAAGGAGAACGAGAGAUGCCAAAAGAUGAUCUCCCAGUCUGAGACGAGGCUGUCAACUCAGCGAGAAGAGCUCGUGGCCACCAAGGAGGCGUUGAACCGAGCCCUCCUCGACAAAGAAGUCCUUGAAGGACAAAGGAAUGAAGUUGGUGAUGCGCUGUCUAGAGCUGAGCUUCAGAAGGCAGAGAUUGAAGUUGAGAUCAACAAGCUGAAGACGGAGGAGGCAGCUCUCCGUGAUGCUCUUCUCAAGAUGCAGGCUCUCAAUGAGGGACUUGGCCAGGACAAGAUCGAGCUCAACAAGAUCAUCAUUCAGAUGGAAGCUGAGAAGUCUAAUCUGGCCAGUGAUAAGUCCGCCUUGGAGCAGGAUAAGGCUGGUAUCCGCGAGGAACUGGUCCGAGUUGAGCAGGAGAAGAUGGAUCUCGAAACCGAGAAAAUCGGUCUGAACCAGACACUGGAACUUUCGGAGUUGACUCGUCAACAGCUGGAGGAAGAGAUCCGUGCCUUGAAUGGCGAGAAGGCCAAUGUGCAAGCUGAGUUGUCAAUGGUUUCUCGUCAGAAGCAAGCUCUUACUGACGAACUGCUGACCGCGAGGAAGGAACUUGAGCGCAACCAGUCAGCGUAUGACCGUAUUGUUAAGGAGAAGGAGAUCUUGAUGACUGACAAGGGCGAGCUUGUGGUGCAGGUGACUGCGACCGAGCGAGAGAACCGCAUGCAGAGCGAGAGUGUGGCCUCCCUCGCCUCCGAGAAGGACCAGCUUGAGGCGGCACUGUACGAGGCACAGCAGAGCGUGCAGAUGUUGGAGGUCAGGAAGUCGCAGCUGGAGGGCGAAAACCAGGAACUCAUCGUCCGCAAGGAGAACCUGCAAGCUGAGAUCCAGCGUCUGGUCAAGGAGAAGGAGGCAGACAUUGAUCGGGCUGAGCACCACCGCGAGGGUCUCACCUCACGCAUGCAGCAGAUGGAGCGUGACCUGCAGAUGGCGCUCACACAGGAGAAGCAGUCACAUGAGGAAGAUGUAGAGAGACUCAGUCGAGAAAGGGAUUCGCAGCGCAUGCAGUUUGACAACGAGCGAGAGCAGCUCCUCCACCAUCACAACCUGGAGAAGGAAGACAUGAGUUCCCGCUUUGACAACGAGCGCGAGGAACUCCAUGAGAAUCUGGCCUCCCUACAGCGUGACCGUGACGACGCUCUCCUCAUGGCCGAGAACGACAAGCAGCAGGCAAUGUCCAUCUUGGAGCAGGAGAAGAGUACACUGCAGGAACGGUACUCGCAGCUGCAGGUCGACCUGAACAGCCUCAACACCGAGUACGAGCGACUGAAGCGCGAGUACCAGACCCGCCUUGAGACGGACCGAAGCAGCAUCAACAGCCUCCAGUCUCAGCUCAAGAACUUCCAGCAACAGUUUGAGGAGACCACCGAGGGACAUGAGCGAGAGGUGAAGGAUCUCACUCUGCAGAUCCGUGAGAUCGGCCGUCAGCGCGAAGGUGCCCUCCGUGAGGUGGCGGAACUCAAGGUGCAACUCAAGCUGGUUGAGGAGACGCGAGACUCCAUCAGACGAGACCUCAUCGAUGCUAACAGGAAGAUUAGAGAAGCUGAGGAAAUGAAGGAUCAGCUCCGCAAGGAUGUCCUUGACCUUAAGCGUGCUGUCAACGACGAGAUCCACGAAAAGGAUGCCAUAGGGAAGGCAGCAGAUGACCUCCGCAACAAGGUGAAGAAGGCCGAGGCCGACAAGACGGAGCUCAGUCGCGGCCUCCAAGAGGCCAAACAGAGGAUUAUCAUCAUGGAGGAUCAAAGGGUUGUCAUUCAGAAAGAGUCUGGUGACCUCCGCAUGAACCUGCGGGAGGUGGAGAAGGCUCGUCUUGAGGCUCGGCGUGAGCUGCAGGAUCUGCGUCGACAGGUGAAGAUGCUCGACGGCGAGCGCAGCAAGCUUGGCAAGGAGGUGUGUGACCUCCAGGUCAGGGUCGCUCGGGACGAAGACAAGGAGGAAGAGUCAAGGAAGGCUUCGUUCGACCUCAAACAGAAGGUUGUCGAGACCGAGGCUAGCCGCGAGGCUCUCCGUAAGGAACUGGCCAACAUGCAGAGAAAGAUGGGCGAACUCAUUGAUGAAUCGCGUCUGAAGGAACGUGACUACCAGCUGUCAUUCGAGGAUAGCCGUAGGGGAGAACGCAAACUGAUUGACCAAUGCAAGAACUACGAGAUCUCGCUUGAUACUACCAAUAAUGAAAUAUCGGAUCUCCGCCUCAAGCUGAGUGGCGCUGAAGGCAGGGUUAAUGCCCUUGAAGCAACCCUUGCCAGGCUAGAGGGAGCUAAACGCGAUGUGGAAUUCAAACUGAGCAGCAUCGUGUCAAGUCUACGACGUACUAUCGGCUUCCGACAGGACAUGCCCCGAGCACGUAGCCCUAUCCGUUCUCGCAGCCCCAGUCCAAAGAGAUCACGACCAACAUCCCCAUCCAAAGGAUUCGACAGUACGUAUGCCACCACAACUGAUGGGCGUGGCUCCCCCAUCCCCCGCACAGGAUCACCCACCCGGUCGGGCAGCCCCCUCAGGUCCACCAGCCCCCUCCGUAGCCGCAGCAUGUCCCCAAUGCGACGUGACUUCGCCGCUCUUGAUGUCGACCCCGAGGCUGUCCGUAUGGCCCUCCGAGACUUCAUGCAGCAGCUGGCUUCAUCCGAGAGAGAACGAGACGACGCCAUGGUGCAGGUGCGCAGCAUGGCCACACAGGUCAAGGACACUGAAGAGGAGCGUGAUCGCACGGAGAUCCGCCUUCAGCAGCUGCAGAGGUCACUCGGGGAAGUUGAAGAAGACAAGCGCGGUAUUGAUGGCCGCCUCGCCAGCGCCCAGACAGCUCUCAUGCUGCAGGAGGAGACCAUCCGACGCAAUGAGCGGGAGAGGAAGACGAUGGCCGACAAGGUCAGCGCUCUCGAGAGGAACGUUGCAGCCACGGAGUCUGAGAAGAGACAGCUGCAGGAGAAGAUUGCCAAACUGAAACAGUCUGAGUCGAAGUUGGAGGAGGAUAAGAAGACGAUGAGGUCCUGCUUGGACGAUGCUGAGAACAGAUGUACGAAGCUGGAGCUGACCCGUCGCUCCAUGGAGGGAGAGAUGCAGAGGCUGAAACUGGCCAUGAAUGACAAGGAGACCGAGAACCAGGUUCUUCAAGACCGUGUUGAGAGUCUCAACAAACAGAUCCAGGACCUCGAGACCAAAGCCCAGUCCCUUCAGCUGACCGUGGACCGCAUGAACCUGUCCUUGGCCAAGACGGAAGAGGAAGGUCACCACCACAAGGACAAGGUCCAGUCGCUCAACAUGUCUCUGUCGGACAGCAACGCCGCCAUCAGCGAGCUGGAGGACCGCGUGUCGCAGCUCCAGCGUACUCUCACCAGCAGCGAGCAGGACAGGCGGGUGCUGCAGGAGAGAUUGGACGCCACCAGGCAGAGUCUCAACGACGCCAAGAAGCAGAACCAUGUCCUGAUGGAGAGGAUGCAGCAGCUGCAGGCCGAGCUCGAGGACAACGAGGUCCGCCGGGCCGAGGUCGAGGGACAACUCCGACAGAGCCAUGGUGUGAUCGUACAGCGGCAGGAGAGUGAGCAGGAACUGAAUCAGCGAGUCAACAAACUGGCGAUCGAGAAACAGGGCCUGUCCGAGCGGGUCGCAUCUCUGUCCAGAACUGUAGGCAACAUGGAGUCUGAGAAGCGAGAAGUGGAGAGAUCAGCGGUCAGGCUGGAGAAGGACAAGUCUGCCCUGAAGAAGACCCUUGAUAAGGUUGAGAGAGAGAAGCUUCGCAGUGAAGAAAUCUGCUCCAAAACUGUUCACGAACGCAGCAGCCUAGAUCGAGGCCUCCAGCAACUUGAAGCGGACAACGUCGAGAUGCAGCGGCAGGUGCAACAGAUGCAGGCUCAGUUGGCCGAGGCAGAACAACAACAUGCACAGAGGCUGAUUGACUUAACCACGAGACACCGUGCAGAGACUGAGAUGGAGACAGAGCGUCUCCGCAGCGCACAUCUCCAGGCCGAGCGCCUCCUGGAAGCCAGGGAGAGGUCACACAGGCAGAAGUACAAGGGACUUGAGGAAACAGUGGCGACACUGAAAGACCAACUGGCCCAGGAGAUCAAAAAGCGUCAACAGUACAUUGCUCGUAGCGUCCGAACCGGCGACGAGAUCCGCGACAUCCGUACCAUCCUUGACAACUCCCUGUGCAACGUCACCCGUGACUCCGGCCUCGACCCUAUCCUCCUGGAACACGAGUCUCGCAAGCUGGACGAAUCCCUGGAGAUCCACAGCUCGUUCCCAGUGCGUCUUCCCCGUCAUCGCUCCCCGGUCCGAGGUUCCUCCCCCAUCAGGCUGAGUGGCAUGCAAGCAUUCCGCAGAAGUGGACGUAGUCCAGUCACACUUCGACAGAAGAUGAAGCAGUAGAGCCUGAUUGGAACAAAUGAAGUUUGACUGUGAUAUUUUAGCAAUGCUGUCUCAUAUUCACAGCUGGUCAGAUAAACAACAUCAAAAGAUUAACCCCACAGUGUGUAUUGUUUAAAUACAUCAAAUUAAUUUUAGGACAAUGUACAUGAUUUCGACCAGUCUGAAUUCCUUCAGGAAGCAAAGCUGCUUUUCUAACAACUUUCCUGUCUAUGCAAUGUGUGAAACGUAUCAUAAGGUCAACAGCCGACACCAUUGCUGGUAUUGUCAUCAUGUGAGAGAGUAUAUCGUUUCCGUCCAUAAUCGAAAUCUAGUUUUAUACACAGAAUGACGAGUGACGUGCUGUGAAAAAACUUGUUUCUCGUCUUCAUUUCAUUUUUUUACAACUGUUUUCUUGUUUAUUUUAUCUCACAUAACUUGUUGCCGAAUAUUUUAACUUUGUUUGCAAUCUUUUCUCAAUAUUUGACUUUUUGUCUGUUUUUCUCUGUAUCUGGAUCAAGCCAACAAGGGAGCUAACUCCUGUUUGACAGCAUUGUCUGCUAUUAUUUUGUUGUAGUCGUGUAACAGUAUUACAUUGUUUUACACUGGUAUUUUCUGCUGUAUAAUUCUCCUAAUACAGGCUGUGAUAUAUUUAUUUAAUGAACAUAUUUGAUAAUUUAUGUAUUGUUUUCAGUUAUAUUAGAUAUAUAUUUAAUCCUGCACAGAGUUUGAACUUCGCACUAGUUUUGCACAAUGAUUUAGUAGAAGUUUGUCAAUGAUAAUGUAUGUGUAAAUUUAGCAUGAAUAAUUCUACCCCCUACGAAUAGUCCUUAUAUGAAAUCACUGAAAUGGUUGCUUGUCAAUAGUAUGUAGACUGUGUUAUGUAGUUGUUUGUUACCGUGACAACCCAGAGUCUAAUGUAUGUUACAGAUCAGUUGUUCUGUGUCAGAUACAUUGUUGAGGUUUGACGUUUGAACAUGUACUUGGAUAUAGACUGACUCGGUCUGGUAUAGAUCUAGUUCUAACUGUUUGAGGACCAAAUCAUUUUUUCAUUGGAUCACAUUUUCAUAUAUGAAUAAAGUGUGUUUUAACUAAAAA